AUAAAAUAGAGGAUAAAUCCGUUUUGAAAGUAAACGAGGUUGUGAACGCUAGAAACAACGCGCAUAAUUUUCUAUACAGAAGAAGUUCUCCUUUGUGGUGAUACGGUGAAGUAAAAUAAUGUGUAUUAUCAAUAUAGUAUAAAUAACACAUGAAGUAAUAUUUAUCCCACAGAAAUGAGUGGUUGUUGGGAAGAAACGGACGUUUUGCCUAGCGGUGGUGAAGAUGCAGAAGUCCACCAGGCAAAAGUGCCUAGAUACGAUGAUAGGGCGAACGGGCUACGCAAGUUGCGAAAGAUGAAGAGAAGCAAAACAACAGAAUGGCUGUCAGGUUCUUGGCCAUUGAGGCAAUUUGAUGGAUCAUUACCUACUAAUAAAAGAAAGGCGGAGUGGAUGCGAUAUCGCGAUCAGUUCGAGCGUAUACAGUGAUCGUUCGCUAAUUGGGGCACGACCUCACCCCAACUAGCGAAUGCCGUUCGCUAAUUGGGGCGGUUUGACAAACGUCAAUGUUGUUUACUUUUUGCAUUGAACAAAAGAAAAUUUUACGCGCCAGAAAAUAUCGAUCCCGCCAAACACGGAAACAAAACGUCAACGCGUUUUUGACAUCACAUUCUGACGUUUAGCUGCUUUUUAAUUGGGUUUCGCCCCAAUUAGCGAACCCCCAACUAAAAAGCGCCCCAACUAGAAAAACCCCAAUUAGCGAACGUUCACUGUAGUCUCUUGCAAGCCACCAGUCGAUGAAGAAACCAAGCUAACAGGGUUAAAGAUAUUCGCCGGCGAUUACUUGCUGAGCAUUAUUGAGAUGCAGCAAAAAUCGGUGCCAGAUUCAUCAAGAGAGGUGUACCGGGCUACGAUCAAGGCACUUGAUAAAUACUUCAGUCAAUCAUGCGAUGUUGUGAAAGAACGUAUGAAAUUCAGAGAGCUAAGAAUGAAAUCAUCGGAGUCGUUUCCUGAUUUUGUACUUAGAUUGGAGACGCAAGCAAAGUUUUGCGAUUUUGGACGGGAACAACGCGAGGAAGAAUUUGUACAAGCUCUCCUGCGACGAUCUGUUCCGGGUAUUUCUGAGAAGUUGUACGAAAUGUCGGAUUUCUUCGAAAAUGAUUUGGAACGCAUUGUCAAUCACGGAAAACAUCUAGACUACAUCAGAACAGAAGCUGUAGAAUCAAAGGUAACGCAUGAGCAAGGUCAAAUAAACGAUGAGCCGGAACGUGAUGUAUCCAAUGUCAAAGCAGUCAACGCUAUUCAUACGGGAAGAAAGAGUUUCAGGAGUGACCAUCACGAUCGUGCCAAGUAUGUGGACGGACGCAACGGCUUAAGUGAGACUAGUACUCGGAAACGACCAUGGGACAACAGACAGUCGGCGCGGCAAGCUUGCCCUAAGUGUGGUAGUGUCCACGGUCCGAGAGAUUGUAAAGCUUUUCGUGCGAAAUGUUACAAUUGUGGCAAGCUGAAUCACUUUGCAGAAUUUUGUUAUUCGUCACGGAGAUGGAAGAACGCACGAUACCGCCUGAAUGCCGAUUUAGGAGAGGACAUGAAAAAGGAAGCUGGAAUAAUUAACCAGCUGAUUACAAAGGAAACUAAAUCAUUGGCUGGCAAAUGGGAUCAGAGAUUUGUCUACUGUACGAUCGGUAUUCAACGUAUUCGAUUUUUAGUGGACUCAGGUGCAACUGUCAACACAAUCUCUACUUGUGAGUGGGAUUUAAUCAAACGAAAAUGCCGAACCGUGCUACAGGACGUCGUAAUGCAUCCAGAAGAAGUUUUAAAGAGUUAUGCCAAUAAUUGUCCUUUAGAAGUAAUAUGUUCCUUCCGGGCGUAUGUUAGUGUUGCUGAUAGUUCUGGACAGGCGCUUCUUGCUACUUUUUUUGUCGUGAAAGGAACCCAGCUGUCCCUGCUUGGUUACGAUACGGCACAUGAUCUCAACCUAAUUCAGAUCGGUCGUGAUUUGGUUAAUAAGAGGCCUAUAAAUGCGAUCGUUCUUGACGAAACCACUACACUAGAUAAAAUCGGCAGAGAGUUUCCUAAAAUUCCAAUUUCUGGCGUACGAUUCAGGAUUGAUGAAUCAAUCACGCCAAAACAGAUCGUGCGAUAUAACAUUCCGAAAGCUUUUGAAGUGGCUACGAAUGAAAGGCUAAGGCACAUGGAGAAUGAGGGAAUUAUAGAGAGAGCCGAUAAAGAACAGGAUGUCAUUUCGUACGUUUCGCCGCUGGUACUUGUUCCAAAAGGUAGCGACAAUAUAGCCGAUGCUGCUUCGAGGAUUGGUAGUCGGCGGGAUAAUCAACAGUUUGGGGUUGACAAAGAACCACAUGAAUUGUGUCACGUUACUGCGAAUCCAGGAACUAUUAGUGAUCACAUGUUGGCGUUGACAAACAAGCAGGUUAGAGAUGAGACCCUCGACGACGCAGAACUGCAAGCUGUGAUGUCCUACUUAGGAAAUGGGGAAAAAUGGCCUAAUGAGAUUUCAAGCUAUCAACCAUUCCAAGGGAACUUUUAUAUCCAAGGAGACGUUUUGAUGAAAGACGAGAAAAUGGUUCUUCCAAUAAAGCUACGCAUGAGAGCGUUACGUGUAGCUUAUCGAAGCCAUCCUGGUAUGUCCACGAUGAAAAACAUUCUACGGCAAGGUUUAUGGUGGCCCGGCAUGGAUCGGGAGAUCGAAAACUUUGUGAAAAGCUGUCCGGAAUGCCAGUUGGUCACUGUGUACAAUCGCCCACCACCAAUCACGAUGACCGAGUUACCUAACAAUGCGUGGGACUAUGUUUCAAUGGAUUUUUCUACAGCAUCCGAGCUGCAUAACUGGAAAGCAUUGGUUCUUACGGAUAAUUAUUCGCGUUUCUUGGUUGCUAUCCCUAUGGACAAAACUGAUUGCGAAGCUGUUAAACGGGUUUUAAAAAGGGUAUUUGAUACGUAUUAUAUACCGAAGACCAUGAAGGCGGACAAUGGCCCACCUUUUAAUAGUGCGGAACUCAAAGACUGGCUUAAAGAAUUGAAAAGAGAUAAGGCAGAUACGCCAUACAAAAACACAUUACAUAAAGUAGUGCAGUUGACAGGUACUGGUCGUGCUACCAUAAUGGAUAUGGCUACGAAUAAAACAUACGACCGUAGCGUUAAACUGUUGAAAAAGUUUGUAAGACACACGACCGAAGAGGCUGAAGAAUUAUGCACAUCGGAGGAGGAAAGACCAGGGGAACAGAAAUCGGAAGGGGCGUCUAAAGUGGAUGCUGUAGUUCCCGAUAACCAGGCGCAAUCACCAACGAAUAAGGAUGGUCUCGUGGUAUGUCGUAAUCCUCGAACAAUACGGAAGCCAAAACGAUUCAUUGAUGCAGUAACGCUUGAGCUGGAUGAAAACUAG